AUGUUGACCAGCAUGAAUCACGUCAGUCUGGACAUCGACAUUCUCUUCAUGAUCAUCUCUCUGCUUUCGACAAAAGAUGCCCUUGCUCUUUCCCUCACAAGUCGAGAAGUUCAUUUGUUUGCGAAACAGCACGCACUCUCGUCAGUCAAGUUGACGUCUCCAAAGCAACUUAGCAAGUUCUGCGACUCGAUGCUCGCAUUUGGCGUGAACGACGAAAUCAGAAUUGCCACCCGUGGCCUCUUUUCGGAUGUUCCUCGUCUCGCGGAGUUAAUCAUGCAUGCAUCCCACCUUGAGUUCUUUUCUAUCCACUGUGUUGAAUGGCUACUACUGCAUGGAUCCCCCAUUGGAGACGCUAUUGCUUCGCUUCCCAACCUCGAGGAGUUGGAGCUGCAUCAGGCAGAUUCUCAAGCCCUGGAUAUGGUGAGAAUGCUGCAAAGCGGGCUCCGUAAACUCGUCCUAUACCACAGUGAAUAUGAUCAAUUCACUCCGCCUCAAAUCCUUCCGUUCAUCCUCCCUUUUCGAAACCUGCAAGUCCUGCGAUUAUCCGAAUCUUGCCGAUUUGAAGAGUUUGACAUUCCAUGGGAUGAGCAAUGGCAAUGGCCAGCCGUCCGCGAUCUUCAGUUGAUCCAGAGUCAACUGUCGAUGGCCCAAUUCGUACGUGCUUUCCCCUGUGUCCGGAAACUCAGCCUCUGGGGAGUAGGUUACAACGAGGAGCCGGAGACGCAGUGCUGGGACAGCUUGGAUUACGUCUACAUCGGAUGUGGUUUGCAGAGCAAUGAAUUCGCAUGGUCAGCACCGUGCGAGAUACCACACCCUGCAUAUUCUGGUGCCGCAAGACUCAGAUAUCUCGAUCUCACUCUCGACUUGACGCGUCGAAAGCGUGGAACGCAUCUCGCACAGUGGCUGGAAAAGAUACCUCCGAUACUGAACAAGCUCGCCAUAAUUUGUAUUCGAGUGUGCAUCGCUUCCCGGAACAACAAGCCAGUCCUCUCCAGAGCUGCCAUCACUGUUCGUUGGCGCUUGCGCCUUGCUACUUGUAUCCACUCCCUGCGCUACAUCGCUAUCGCCCGCAAGAUCGGUGGUGUGCCGUGCAUGGCGGAGGAAUCGUCGUGGUCGCGUGUCUCAGGGCCCGCGCAGGAGCGUCGUCUCCAGGCACUCCCAACGCAUGUGGGCGUGCGCGUCCAUGCGUACUUACACGCCGGUGACAUGGACUCGCUUGAUAGGAAACACUUCCCUUACCCUCGGAGACAGUAUGCGUCAACGAGGAGUGAAAUGUAA